CCCCGGAGGUUUUUCUCCAGGACUCCUGCCCUAGCGACGCGCGGCUCGUUGCUAGGGGGCGAGGCGCGGGGCGCGGCGGUGGAGACUGUGGAUGCCCUCCUGCUCCACGUCCAGGUGGGCCUCAUCGCUAGACCCGCCGCUCCACCGAGAUUAGGAAGUGGCUGCCUGAACUAUUUUCCAAAGGAUAAACAUUACAAAUCAUUGAAUACGGCAACCCACCGAGAAGAUCCUAUUGGUUUGAGGGGAACACAACUUCCGGCAACUGCAAGGGAUGCUGCUACUCCAAUGCCUACGGAAAGGGGCUCUUCAGAAGAUUUCUGUGCCGUGAUGGGGAAACUGCAAAGCAAACUCAAACACAGCACUUACAAAUACAGCAGGCAUGAUGGAAUUAUAGAAGAGAGAAUCCAAACUAAAACUUUUCAAGAGUAUAGCCCCGCUCACGUGGAUUCUGUUUUUGUUAUUGCUUCUCUGAACUCAGAACUUUGUGUCUCUGGAGGAAAAGAUAAGACAGUUGUUGCCUAUAAUUGGAAAACUGGAAACGUGGUGAAAAAGUUCAAAGGCCAUGAACGUGAAAUUACCAAGCAGCUGGCCUGUGUCCCCAAAUCAAGCCAGUUCUUCAGCGCCUCUCGAGACAGAAUGGUCAUGAUGUGGGACCUGCACGGCUCCUCACAGCCCAAGCAGCAGCUGGCUGGCCAUGACAUGGUGGUCACCGGAUUGGCUGUGAGCCCAGACUCAUCACAGCUGUGCACUGGCUCUCGGGACAACACCCUGCUCCUGUGGGAUGUGGGGACAGGACAAUGUGUGGAGAAAGCCUGUGUCUCCAGGAACCUGGUCACUCACCUGUGCUGGGUCCCCAGAGAACCAUAUGUACUACAGACCUCUGAAGACAAAACCAUCAGAUUAUGGGAUAUUCGGAGGCUGCAGGUGGCUCAUAUGUUUCCCCCAAAGCAGCACAUUCAGACCUACUGUGAAGUCAGCGUGGACGGACACAAGUGCAUCUCCUGCAGCAAUGGCUUUGGAGGUGAAGGCUGUGAAGCCACGUUGUGGGACCUACGGCAGACAAGAAACAGAAUAUGUGAGUAUAAGGGGCAUUUCCAGACAGUAGCAUCCUGUGUUUUUCUACCAAAAACAUUGCCCUUGAUGCCUAUGAUUGCUACCUCAUCACAUGAUUCCAAGGUGAAGAUUUGGAACCAAGAUACUGGAGCCUGCCUUUCUACUUUCUCCCUGGAUGGCUCAGGACCCUUGACGUCCCUGGCUGUUGGCGAUGCUGACUCCCUAUUAUGUGCAAGUUUCAACAGAGGAAUUCACUUACUCAGAGUGGACUACAGCCAAGGGCUGGAACUGCAGCAAGUGGCAGCAUUCUGAGGCCCUUAGGCCUUCACUGGACAACAUGAAACUGCAGCCUCUCCUUUCCCUAUGUGGCAUUGAGUGUUUCUACAUUGUCUUGGGGGGACUGGAACACAGGGCUGGUAUUCUUUGCCUAGGUUUACCUAGAAGGUAUAUCAGUGUUAGAAGUCAAUUUAAAUCCUGAACUUCAAAAUCAGGUAUAGAGGUUUAAAAGAUGGCUAAAUAUAGGUUCUCAAUCUAAGUUAAAUCCAAAUUUUUAAAAAAUGUAUUGCUCAAAAUGAUGACCAGGAAGUAGUCAAGGGGUAGACUUGUCUGUGAGAAUAGAAACAUGAACUUGAGUCUGUCCAACUGAUAUAUUCAGGGGCGAGGAUUUAGCUCAGUGGUUGCACCGCCUGCUGCGCAAACUCAAGGACCCGAGUUCGAUCCCCAGUACCAAAAAAACCCAAAAGACAAAAAAACUGAUAUAUUCCUUGUUUCUACAAAA